AUUAGUGUAGCGGUGGUACUGUUCGGCGCGACGCUUUUGGAUUGCAAGCUACUGUCAGCAAUAGUGGCUGUUGCGGUCGCUAAUUGUGAAGAAAUUGUAGCCCCAAACUUCUAUCGCUUUUGCUAUAGGGUUCAGGGGAUAAGUUCCUCAAUUUAUUUUUUAACCUUAUCUUUUCUCAUGGGUAUAAAUUUCUCUCUUGUUUAGAAGAGAUUUAGAAGCUUAGCUCUGGUUUAGGAGUUCAUCGAACUCUGGUUUACAUUUUCUUUUUCUCUUUUCCGCUAUGAAGCUCGGAGACAGCUACAUCAGUAAUAAUUUGAAAAAUGAAUAAAUUAAAGGAAAUGGAUCGUAGUUGGAUGUAUGAUAGGUUCAAUCCACAUAGGAGAGGCUUGAAAUUUGAGUUUGUUAGUGGAGUUCAGGAGUUUAUUAAGAAGGCUAAGGAACAACCUUGCUUUUUGUCUGAGAAAAAGAUCAAGUGUCCAUGUGAAACGUGCAAGUGUGUAAAGUCUUUCACUCCAAGAGAUGUGAAAGCUCAUUUGUACAAAAGUGGGUUUAAACCAAACUAUUCGAUCUGGACUGAGCACGGGGAACUAGAGCAAAAUAUUUGUCCAAUGAAUCAAUCAAAUAGUAGUGAACAUAUGGAGGAGGAAGUGGUGGUGGAGGAGGAGGAGGAUCCUAAAACUCCUCAUAUGGAGGCGUCGGAAGAGGAGGAUCCCAGAACUCCUGACAUGGAGGAGUCGGGAGAUGAGGAGGAUCCCAAAACUCCUCGAGAAAUGGAUACAAAUAAGCAGAAUGCUGACGGGAAGGUUCUUAUACGACCAUAUGGAUUAGGGUGGGCUCCUAGCGCAGCGCCUGCUGCUGCGAUUAAACAGGUCAUCGAGUCGCACUUUCCGGGUCCAUUUCAUUGCUGGAGUGAGACCCCAGAGGAUGUAAGGGAAUAUUGGUGGAAGUUGUUUGAGGACAAGGUUGCUUGGGAUCCUCGUGAUCACGGGUAUAUCAAAAAGACGUUUCAGUCGAGAGGCGCAAAACGCCUUUCAGAUAUGCUCUCAAAAGUGAGGAAGAAGGGGACAAGGCCUCAUUGGAUAUGUAAGGAGGCUUGGAAGGGUCUUAUUGUCCAUUGGGAGGGUGAAGCCUUUCAAAAGAUCUCUACCCAAAAUAAGACCAAUCGGGCUUCAGGUAAAGGUGGGGCAGUCCACACCACAGGCCGCAAGGCUCAUGUUGAUGUGGCACUUAGCAUGGCUCAAGAACUUGGGCGGUCUGUGGAUCCCGAUGAGCUCUUCUUGGCCACCCAUAAAAAGAAGUCUGGAAAUUGGGUUGAUAACCGCUCUCAAACAACAUAUAAACGUUAUCAAGAUCGUCUGAAGGAGGUUGAAACACAAAUUGGUGAGGCCUCCCAGAAUGGGACACAAAAGGUAGAUGGGGCAACAAAGCUUGAAUUGUGGAAAGAGGUUGCUGGGGGAAAGUCUCGAGGUCGUUGUUAUGGCACUGCAGAUUUUGCUAUAAACCUCCGACAUGGUGCAACUUCGCUGACUCAGGACUCUCGAGAACCUAACAGUGGCUGGUGCAAUCAUGCUAUGCAUCUUGAGGCCAUUGAUGCAGCUCGUAAGGAAGCUGCUGCAGCACGUAAGGAGGCAUCCACAGCACGUCAGGAGGCAGCUGAGUUAAAACAACAUUUUCUGCUUUUGGAGGAGAAGUUGCUCAAGGUAAUGAAUCACAUGAAAACUCUAGAGCGCAAAUCAGCAGGUGCUUCCAUAAGUGUGAUUCGAGCUCAUAGGAGACAUCUUCACAAUGAUGAUGACCAUUCACUAGAUGAGGUCUUACCAGUCCGUCGACGAAAGAGGCGGCAUCCUCGUUAUGAUGAAGAUUAUUCACUAGAGGAGAUCUCACCGGACAGUCGCCGAAAGCAACGUCGGUUUCAAAGUGGACGUCCUCACUAUGAUGAGGACGAUUUGCUAGAUGAUGUCAUACAAAAGCAACAUCAUGCAAGAAGAGGACGUCCUCACUAUGAUGAUAAUGAUGGUGAUAAUGGUAAUGAUGAUUGUGAUGAUGAUAAUUUGCUAGAUGAGAUCAUACCAAAGCAACAUCAAGCUAAAAGGGGACAGCCUCACUAUGACGAUGACGAUUUGCUUGAUAAGGGGCAUGCUCACUAUGCUGAUGCCGAUUUGCCAUAUGAGGUCAUACCAAAGCAACAUCAAGUUAAAAGGGGACUUCCUCACUAUGACGAAGACGAUUUGCUAGAUAGGGGGCAUCCUCACUAUGCUGAUGACGAUUUGCCAGAUGAGGUCGUACCAAAACAACAUCGGGCUCCAAGGGGACAUCCUCAAUAUGUUGAUGAUGAUUUGCUAGGUAGGAGGCAUCCCCACUAUGAUGAUGAUGAUUCUCCAUAUGAGGUCAUACAAAAGCAAAAUCGGGUUCCAAGGGGACAUCCUUACUAUGAGGAUGACAAUUUGCUAUAUGAGGCUGCGCCAAAGCAACGUCAAGCUAAAAGGGGACAUCCUUACUAUGAUGAUGUUUCGCCCGAAGAGGUCUUACCAAAGCAACAUCAAGCUAAAAGGGGACUUCCUCACUAUGUUGAUGUUUCGCCAAAAGAGGUCUUACCAAAGCAACGUCAAGCUAAAAAGGGACAUCCUCACUAUGAUGAUGUUUCCCUAGAAGAGGUCUUACCAAAGCAACGUCAAGCUAAAAGGGGACAUCCUCACUACGACGAUGAUUCGCUAGAUGAGGUUUUACCAAAGCAACGUCAAGCUAAAAGGGGACAUCCUUACCAUGAUGAUGAUGAUUCACAAGCCAGUCGCCGCAGUCGUUACCGUCAUUGAGUUUGAUUUGUUGAUAUGUAUUUUAUUCUAAGACUAAAAAGCAUGUGUAUACCUUUGUCUUGGUUUAGACACUGAUAUUCCCAGUCCAGAUAUUGUUCAUCAGAUCAGUAAUUAUAAGCAGCAUAGCUUGGUGGAAGCCAUCUUAUUGUGAGCUACUCCUAGCCUAACCAGAAUAUGAAUAUUGUGCAGACUAUAUGACUCAUGCUCUUCUAUAGGUAUUAUUAGUAUUUCCAAUCAUGUUUUUCUCGGAAGCUACUAAUUGUUAUUACUCAUUUUAACGCUUAAUUAUGUCUCAUUGUCAUAUAUUUUAGCAGUGACU